AAAACAAAAGACACAAACAAAGAAGAACUACUUUUUAAUGACGAGAAAAAAGUGAAACUUGCUUACAUUUCCAACGAUUCUUUAAGGAAAGCAACUUUCAAUAAAAGAAAGAAGGGUUUGAUGAAGAAAGUACAUGAACUCUCAACUCUAUGUGGCAUCACCGCAUGCACGAUCAUCUACAGUCCGUACGAUACCAGCCCUGAAGUGUGGCCAUCCAAUUCCGGUGUGCAAAAAGUGGUUUCAGAAUUUAAGACACUCCCAAAGAUGGAUCAACACAAAAAGAUGGUAGAUCAAGAGGGUUUUCUUAAACAAAGGAUCGCUAAAGGGACUGAUAAUUUGAGGAGACAAAGAAAGGACAAUAGGGAGCUCGAGAUGUCUGAAGUCAUGUUCCAAUGUUUGAUCGGAAACAUGGAGAUGAUUCAUUUGAAUCUUGUGGAUCUUAAUGAUUUGGGUUAUAUGAUUGAACAAUAUCUUAAAGAUGUUAAUCGCAGGAUCGAGAUUUUACGAAAUUCUAGAAUAGAGAUUGGCGAAUAUUCUUCUGUUGCAGCGACUAUUUCUGAAGGGAAUAGAUUAAUGGCGGAUUUUGUGGUUACAACCGCUCCCACCACUACAAUUUAUGAGGUGGGUUCUUCUUCCUCAUUCGCGGCUAUCGCGAAUUUUUUUAAUCCUAUUGAGCAUCAACAAUUUCGUCAUCCGGCAGCUCAACAUGUUGGAUUUAAUGAGCAACCUCGAAAUCUGAAUCUGAAUUUAAACCAGAAUCACAAUGAGAACCAACAACAAUGGUUUAUGGAAAUGAUGAACCAUCCUGAGCAAAUAAGGUAUACGGUGGAGCAAAUGACGUUUCAAUGCAUGGAUGAUAACCAUCACAACCACAUCCACCGUCAGCAACAUAAGCACCAACAUCAUAUCCCUAGAGAAUCCUCCACCACUCUUGAUGCCGCCAACUCAAGCGAUAUCAUACAUGUUACUUGUUCAAAGUAUUACCAAUAAUAAAUGGUUUUGUUAGGUUUUUGUUUAAUGUGGUUAUAAUAAUUCCGAGAGUUGACUGAUAAGUAAAAUUAUAAUUUGCUU